GGAGCGAGUGUCAGUCGUGGUCUCUCUCUUUUCCCACCGAGAGUGCUCUUCGAGAGUGUCUUUUCUACCAAUUCGUAAUUCCAAAGAAGCCUCGUUUGCGUCCUCCCGUUCUGUGUCUUCUGACAAAAAUACGACAAGUAGAACUACCUAGUAGUUUGCUUCUUCUUCUAGGACGAGUAGCAGGAGCAUCAGCGGCAGUAGCAACAGUAACUUAGCCACGGCCAGCUGAGGACAUCAGCAACUCGAUCCUUGCGUGAUUCGCAGAAGAAGUACUAAGACAAAAAAGUUGGAGAUGAGCAUGAUGGGAUCUAUCACUAUGGCUGCCGGAGCGGCCAUGCUGGCGAGUGUCAAUGCCAUUACACCCAGCAAGUUGAUGCAGAAUGCAUUGUUGCAGGUAUGGGAGAAGAAACAAGUAAAACCCAUUGAAGCACGAUGUGUUUAGUGUCACUCAGACGAUAUUUGAUGGAGUGGAAAGAAAGAGAAGAAGAUGCGCCCUUGUAUAGAGAUAUAUAACUACAAGGACAUGGUGCUACUCAGUUAAUAUGAAACUGAGAGCGUCCGCCUUCGCAUACAACACCAAAUAUUUUGAAUGCCCAGUGGCCUACCCAGACUCCUAAUCGCUCCAUCUCGAUCUCUAACACAGGAAAGCACCCUUUCAGCUGCAACUGCGCCGAAAAAAAUGACUGCUGUUAUCAAGAUUCUAGAGGACAUGCGUGAUCAAAUCGAUACGGAUCAAGCUGAGGAUGAAAAAUCCUUUGCCAAAAUGGAAUGCUGGUGUAAAAAGAACGAUAUGACGCUUAGUGAAGCUCAGGUAUUGAUUGGCAUGUGCUUUGGAGAACAAUAACAAGUAGAGUACUUCUGUGAAAUGAAAGAAGUACAAGUACACAUCACGAUCACAUUUGAAUGGUUUGACGCAAUAUAAAACCUCCUUAUUUUAGACUCAGAGCUUUUCGCUCCUCUACAAUCAUGAGGAAAAGGCGUUCGCCUUCGCUUGCUAUUUUCAUUAUAAAAAGUAGCGGGAAGGCUUUCAUUUAGAAUUUCCCGUUCUUUCACCUUCUCUUUUUAGGCCGCUGCUCAAGCCGAGUUGGAGCGUCUACGCGCAUCCGUGACGGCCAACACGGCUGAAGCGGCUGCUCUCGGAACAGAGCUCGUAGCAAUGGAGAAAGAUUAAGGCCAGGAAUAAAUCAAGAUUGCAUGCAUUGAUUACAUGAGAGUUUUAUUGCAGAGUAGUUUAUAGCACGCAUGGUGCAUGGAGUGCAUGGAGCGCAGAGCUCUAAGGGGCGCAAGAAGCUCGCCCUUUAGCUCCAGUCCAUGCUACUCCAUGUGAUCCAUGCACUCCAUGCCAUGCGAGCUGUGAAACCUUAGGAGUUGCUCUGUUAUUGCUAUACUUAUCCCAAGUUCGUUGCUGAUGAAGAUGAUAAAGUUUUUUUGCUACUCUCCCUCGUAAGUGCGAGUAUCACAGCUGGACUGCGGAUAAGUUAGAGAGAAGCUGGAUGUCUAAUCAAAACUGAAGCAAGCACGUGAAUCUGUGGAUGAAUUGAUCACGAUGAACACAAAGACCGUAGAAGAGGACUCCAAGACUGUUGCAGAGUACACCGAGUCCGUCACAGCUUUGGCCAACGCCAUUACCGUGUUGAGCAAGCACCAGCCGGGCUUGUCGCAACAGAAAGUCGUGUUGUUAUGGUGUUGGCUUUCGUUUAAUCAUGUUUCGGUGAUGAAGCAAUGUUGAUGUUAAAAAAUGUAGUUAAGGAAAAAGCUGAACAAGUGCACAAACAUUCCCAUUCGUUAUUUAAUCGUGGAAUACAAUGUUUGUAUAAGUUAAUGUUUGUUGUUGCGCAAGGGUCAUAACCUCGGAGUGACAAGAAGAAGAAUUAUUCCUUACUUUCAUUCCCUGAGCUCCGCAAGCAUGUUAACGCUCACCAAGACGUUUUGGACGCAUUGUUAGAACCGGGGAGCAAGCGAGCCUUGGACGCAUUUCUGCAGAACGGACAGAACCCGAACAGUCCAGCUUUAUGAUGAGCCAUUUAAUGCGUGAUCAUGAGUGAGUGAGACCGCGUGAAAGACGACAGAAGCUUACGACUAGCCAGUUGAUUUGUAGCUGUAUCGUCUUUCCGUGACUUAUUAUUGUCAAUUUUGCAUAAAAAGUCAACCCGUCCAACACUCUCUAUCCAAAUCCAUGCACAAAGAAAUAUACACAACAGGGACACAAAUCCCGCCACCGCCUCCUUUCAUAUCCCUACUCUUCGCAAUCCGGCCAAAUUUUUGGCAUUCUGUCGGAGAUGAAGGACCAGUUUGGAGCCGACCUCUCAGCUUUGAAAGAAAAGAUGGCCUCCGAUAAGGUCACCUACGGAAAGCUCAAGAAGUCGAAGGAAGAAGGCAUCGCAGACUUGGAGAAAGGAAUUACUUCAAAGACGUCGAGGAAAGUUAUGAAGACUGAAUUGUCCGAGAUGUCUACCAGCCGCUCCAAUUCAUAUUCAUUGGACAAGGAGUGCGUAUCUUUACAAUCCGCAAGACUUCAUAAUUUCUCAAGACUUCAUAAUUUCAUCUUUUCUAAGCUUCCCGAAGCCAAACAGGAAGCUGCUGAUGCCAAGCAACAAAUCGCUGACAUCGAAAAAACAAUGGCUGCCGAUCUCGAAUUCUUGGCUGAGGUGAAGAAGGUUUGCCCAAAAGCCAACGAGGAGUUCGCCAAGCGCACUGAGGAUAGACACAUUACGAAAGGCUCAACAAAUAAAACUCAGUGGCAUUAUCUUGUCCUCCAUUUUAGUAACUGCAUCAACGUUACAAAGCCUGACGUCGUGCAAGAAUUAUAAUGUUUAAGCAUUCGAAUUUUUAUAUUGUUUUCCAGAUGAGAAAUCAACAAGAACUCAAAGUUUGUCUUCUUGAUUAUUUCCUCAAAUUGAUCUGACCUCUCUAACUCCCUGGAAACCACUGCCAUCGCCAAGGCCAUUGAUAUCCUGGGAAGUGAUGAGAGCCGUGAUAUGUUCGACAAGACCGUUGAGCAGGGACCGGCGAUGGUGUUCUUUCAUUACGGUCGCACAUCAAGGUGUAUUUCUCUUCAGUGUCUAUUCUCAUACAAUACAUUAGCUUCUUCUAUCCCGACCAAAAAUUUCUGUGAAGGCAGUUUUCCCUAAUGGAAAAUCUGUAGAAAAAGGAAGUAGAAGGUACUUCUGAUGAGACCUAGACUCUUUCCGCUUGCGCUUGAUUAUACCUCUAAUCCUAGAAAUCGAUCGCCUCCGCAGCUGAGCUGGAGAAGAGAAACGAUGUGGGACAGCUCUUGCAGAAAUUGGCCGCAUCUGACAGUUAUGGAAGCCGUUUUGUCUGUGUGCAAACCUCAUUCUCAGGUUUAGUACUAGUUUUUCUGUUUUUACACUCUUUCAUUUUUUAAAUCACGGUAAUAAACGAAAACAUUUGAUUUCGAUCUUGACCUCAUCAACUUUUAAUCACGGUAAACGAAAACAUAAACAUUUGAUUUCGAUCUUGCCCUCAACAUCAACUUUUUCUCUUCUUGAAGGAGAAUUCUCCCACGCCCUCCUCUCGCCCUCAACAACUUUUUGUCUUCUUGAGCCUUCUCCCACGCCCUCCUCUAAUCUCUCCCAAUGCCCUCCACGCACAACGCCGCGCUGAAGUUGAUUUCCGCCAGUGUCAAACUAGCUCCUUUCACCCGCGUCGUCGAGGCCAUUAAGACCAUGAUUGCGGAGAUCAAGGAGAAGAAGUCUCUGGAGACUGGCCAGAAGGAUGAGUGUGCCGAAAAGAUGAACGAUAACGAAAAGGAAACGGCAGCAGCCGAAAACGAGUUGGAGAAAUUCAAGGGACAAUUGGAGAAACAUGAAGGUAUUGUAGCUGAGAUCUAGAUUCGAUUAUCACCACACUGGUAGAAAAAAAUUGGUACUACCAACUGAUUAUGAUUUCCUGAUAUAAAUUGAGUAGCUUAUAGCACGCAUGGUGCAUGGAGUAGCAUGGAGUGCAUGGAGCGCAGAGCUUUAAGGGGCGCUAGCUCCAUGCUACUCCAUGUGAUCCAUGCACUCCAUGCCAUGCGAGUUGUGAGACCUUGCGAAUUGCUCUAUAAAAUAAACAUUUCUAUUUUCUUCCCAUCAGACUACAGCAGCUGUAUCCAUUUCCAUCAUCUUCCAUCAAAAAAUAUCACCUUUUCAGCCGACCUCGCCACAAAAGUGGAUGCCAUCGAAAAAACCAAGACCCAGAUCUCUGACGCCGAAAAGGGCCUCAAGGACCUAGAAGAAGAUCGCGCAGAGGCCUUCAAGGUCUUCCAGCAGAAUGUUGCUGAUCAGUCUACUGCUAUCGAACUGCUUGGCAAGGCUAUUUCGGAGUUGUCCAUGGUCUAUGAGAACUUGGCUAAGGGAGGGUCUUUUGUGCAGGUCUCUCAAGAACCAGAGGGUCCAAGUGCAGGGUUGACGCACAGUGAUGCUCCGGAAAUGGGAACAUACAAGAAAAACCAAGCGGGAACUGGUAAUAUCGUUGUUAGUUUAUUUUAUCAUGUCUCCUUGACGACGUCGUUGUGGAUGACUAGAGCAUACAUCCUGAUAAAUCCUCUUAAAGUUGAGUGGAACGGAAAGACAGGGUUCAAUCAUAUUUUUCUCGUUUUCUCUCUCUUUGGAUACAGUAAAUUGACUCGUUUGCGGUUAGCCAAAGAAGUUAGGUCGUGUAGCAAUUAUUUUCUUGCAGGAGAUACAUUCGAAGUAGAGAGAAUUGUAGUUACAAUCGACCACCAUGCUGUAGAUUGAGAUUGAGUAGUCUCCAUCUCCCGGUACAACGGAUGGGUACUUAUCUUCCCUUUCAACAAAUGUUCAUCUUCCCUUUCAACAACAGCAUUCCCCUACGCACCGUCUUACUAACAACCACCAGGUGUCGUCGCUAUGCUUCAGGGUAUCCAGGAUGAGGCGCGCAAGACCUUGAGCGAGUUGCGUAUCGACCAAGAAGAAGCCAACAAGGACUUCAUGAAACAGAGGGAUUUGUUGACGGACGUGAAGCAAUCCUCGGAAUUGGCUCUGUCGACACUGAACUUUAUGGGGCUUGUGCUUGUGGUUUUGUGAAAGUCGUAGUCGAAUCAAGGAGAGCAUUAUAUAUAACCAUAUUUUGUUAAAGUAUUUUUGAUGUCCUCGAACAGGUAGACUCAGUAAAGGUGUGCUCGAACAACUCGAGAGGUACUAGUUGAUAAAAGGUAGAUCAUGACCAUGAGGCUCUUUAUGGUGAGACAAGUCGUGCUCUGCGCCUGCGGUCCUAGCGAUUCUUGUUGUUAGUGACAGAUGGUGAGGGCGCUCGCGAGCGCGACACGUGCGAGGCGGUAGGGCCGUGCGCGAAGAUAAUAUUAAUAAUAGAGGUUCUCGGCCCCUCUCCUUAUUAUCCUCUUUCAUUUCCCUCGAGAAGGCCGACUUGGACAAGGGCAUCUCAACCGCAAACGGCGAUAUCAACGACAAGGUUGCGGAAAUCGCGAGCCUCACUGAGAUCAUGAAGAGCUACAGUUAUGAACGGUGGUGAUGGGUGUGUGGCGUUGUUCUUUCUCUAUAGUACUUUUGUGAAUAUGAAGAUCCCCAAGAAUCUAAUUACCUCCUAGGUAUCUGAUUACCUCCACUAAUUCUCUGGUAUCUAAUUACCUUCUAGCUCCUACUGUCGCUCCAUGUAUUAAACCUUCUCUCGGCUGCACAGCUCCUUCACUACUUGGCUUGGAAAUAGUGUUCUGAAAAUACAAAUAGUCGCCUGCUUCCUCUAAUCCCCAGAAGAAUGCGAUUUCCUCCUGAAGCACUUUGAUGUCCGACAGGAAGCCAUGACAACGGAAGUGGAAGCCUUGAACCAGGCUAUCGCGAUUUUGAAGGGCUCCGAUGCCGGCGGCGAAAUGCAGACCAUCUACGCCAACCCAACAAGCUUCUUGGGACAGAAGUAGACUUCGACCUCGCUCGAUGAUUUUAGACCGUGCUCUCCUUCAGUCCCAAAAAUGUUGUUCGCGUUUAUGUACAGAUAUGACGAGUAGAUACGUGGAUUCGACUAGAGCUACUUACUAGCAUUUUUUCCAAAGAAAGCGAUUAAAGAUUGAAUCGUGAACCUCAUAUUUCUCAGUGUGUUUUUUCGUUUUUUCCAGAUCAUAUGACGAUAUCGACAGUUACGACGACGAGGAUUUUCAAGAUAAUAAAUACCAUUCAUUGUGUUGAUUCUUGUCAUACUCAUAGCCAUAGGUAGCCUUUCCGUAAUAGAAGUGAUGAACUUCAAAGGCAACAAAG